AUGGCCUCGCGUCUUUUGACGACGCUGCUUCUCUGUGUGGCGGCCAUGUACUUCGGGCAAAGUCUUCUGGAAGCCUUCGUGGCGCCAGCAAAGCAGGCAUCGCUACGAUCACGAGCACCAGCCGUGUCCAUGCAGUUUUUCCAGCAAGAGCCGAAGGAAGCGCCAACUGAGCCGCCAAAAGGGCAACCAUCGUCACCGCAGGGCGCUGGGGAGUACAUCGCCAUUAUCAUCGGAGUGAUCAUCAUUGCGGCACCCUUCUUCCUCUUCACCCCGCCGGACGACUCGGUCGAGAGGUUCGUCGAAAAGGAGGCAGUGUCGGGCAUUUCAUGA